AAAUCAUUUAACUCCAGCCCGAUGGCUCUUUCCAUGUGGAGGAGCAAUGAGAGACGAGUCCCUGCUACGCGCGGGAGACGCUUGUUUUGUUUUCUUUCCUCCUAAAAGAAAAUGCAAACAGCUGUCAAGAUGGUUUCCGUUGGGACAUUUCAAGUACUCAAAUUACCUCAGGGAUUAACCGCGGUUUAUCCACCAGGCUUCGAGACAGCGCUGGAGUUCCAGCUGACUCGGACCAAGAAGCCUCUCCUACAGGCAGCCCCUGUGCUGUACUGCUGGACUGAAGCACUUUUCCGCACUGACCUCUUGCUUUUUGCCGUCUUUGCUUUCGCGCCAUGUGGAGGCUACUGGGGGCACCUGCAGGUUAGCGUGGACUGUGGUAACGAGACGCACAGCAACCUGGGCAUCAACAUCAACUUCACAUACCCAUUCAGGUUGAGGGAAGUGUCCUUCGACGUGCCUACAUGCGAAGGCCAGAAGCAGGAGCGCCUUCACCUGGAUGGAGAUUUCUCUUCCUCCUCUGAGUUCUUCAUCACCAUCGCAGUCUUCUCCUUCCUCUACUCGCUUCUCGCUACCAUCGUCCACAUCUUCUUUCAGAAUGCGUACCACGAGAACAACCGCGGCCCUCUCGUCGACUUCAUGGUGACGGUGGUCUUCUCCUUCAUGUGGCUGGUGAGCUCGUCUGCUUGGGCGAAAGGCCUGUCUGAUGUGAAGGUGGCCACAGACCCAGACACGGUGGUCCUGCUCAUGUCCGCCUGCAAGGUGCAGACAGCCAAGUGCGGCUCGGUGUACGGGCCCGUCUGGUCCAGCCUCAACAGCUCUGUGGUGUUUGGCUACCUGAACUUUGUUCUUUGGGCGGGUAACGUCUGGUUUGUGUUUAAAGAGACUGGUUGGCACAAAGGCGGCGCUGUACGAUACCCAACACUUGCUCCAGAAAAACAGGUGACUGGCUUCAAGCAGCGGACCUACAACCAGGGCAGCUUUGACCAACCGGCAGGAGGCUUCAGCAGAACUGGAGACCUUAGCCAAUCAGAGUACAGCCAGGUUGGAAACUAUACCUCAGUUGGUCCCAACUCCUACUGAGUAGAUACCAUGUUCUCUUCCAGUCACAUGACCUAAUCACAUGGGCCAAUUAUUUUUAAGGUCAAAGAUCACUGUCUCAGGAGAGCUGAUGAUGCAUAAUUUUGGCAGUCAAAAAAUUAUUAAUUUAUUUAAAUCAGUCAGGCAGUAAAGGUAUUGACAGGUAGGAAUCCCAGGAAUACACAGCAUCUGCAAAGAAUGCCUUUUUGUGUCUCUUCCAAUCACAAAUUUCCAUAAUUUGAGAUUUAUUUUCCAAAAUUAAAUGCAAUACCCAGCUCAGGACACCAGUGAAUUAAAGAACAGCUUUUAUUUUUGCCUAUUUUGCCUGUGGAAUGAUUUGGACUCCAUAGACAACACGUGUAUCGGACAACAGAAAGAAUAACAAACAAUAAUAAAAGCACUUUUUUUUUUAUCAUUGGACAGUUAUCUGGAGAGAUGUCUCUGAAUUUUGAGAUCUCUCUGAACGUUGCGAUGCCUGUGGUUUUGUCAGAGAUGCACCAUUAUUUUAGCUGUCAGUGUAUUUCAAAGGUUUGCACCGUCAUGUAAAAAAAAAAAAAAAAAAAAUUAAGGUGGAUGUUUGUCAUGUAACACUUCAGGUUUCAGUCAUGAAACACUUCACUGUUGAAAUUGUUAAUAUGCAGUUUAGGUGUACAUGAAAUGGACAAAAAUGUAUUGUUGAGUAAUGCAAUGGAUCAUUGACAUUUUUAUUUCAGCAUUUGUAUUAAUUUGUAAAUUUAAAAACACCUGUAUUUAAUACUGUCUUCAGAACAUUUGUUUUUCACCCCAGUUCAGUAAGGACUGUUCUGAGUUUGACCGAGUUUGUAUCCUCUUCACACAGAGAUAAAUGUUCUAGCGUUGUGAAGGCUGCGUUCACACCGAGGUAAACGUUCUAGCGUUGUGAAGGCUGCGUUCACACCGAGGUAAACGUUCUAGCGUUGUGAAGCUGCUGCUUUGAACUGGUUGAUUUUAAG